AGAAAGCAGCGGCGUGGCUUCUGUUUUCAACGCGUUUUUAGGCGCGACCUGUGAACUGCUCUUAAGCAUAACCGACCGUUGACAUAUUACGUAUACCGGUAAUUUAAAAACAAAACAAAGAGAUACGAUAUCUAGUUCACCGACGGAAAAAUGAAUGAGGCAGAGAAGACGAUCAAGAGGAUUCAGGCUCAGAAAGGAGUAGAAGGAGUUAUCGUGGUUAACGCAGAAGGCAUCCCCAUAGAAAGCAAUCUAGACCACCAACGUACACUUCACUAUACCUAUAAUUUCCAACAGCUGCUCGCCAGAACUCAGAGAGUGAUGAAGGACCUGGACCCUCAGAAUGAAGCCACCCUUCUGGAUAUUCAAACAGAGAAAAACAAUAUUCUGGUUUCCACAGACAAGGACUAUUUUAUGAUUGCCAUGAAAAAUUCUAGAGAAGGGCCCUGAACUCUUUCUUUUCUUCAUUAUUUAUUUUUCAGUAGUUUUAUUUUUAUUUUUUUUAAUUAAUGGACAAAAGUGUUACAUUCCAUGUUCCAGGAAAGUUAAGUUUGAUAUGAAAAUGCGUCCAUUAAUACAAAUGUUGAAUGUACUGCCUUUGCUUGUUCUAAUAGUUUGGUCUCUUUUCUAAGUCCUCCAGCUGCUCAUCAUCUGGAGGCAUCAGCACGACAUUAUAACAUACUGUACCUGUUUAUGUAUGCAAAAAAAAAAAAGAAAAGAAAAAGAAAACUAC